CAGCAUUUUUUCAUCACUAAUCACUAAUGCCACACGAUAAAUACAAGCGAAGCGGCUAAAUAAGUUAGACAGAAAAAAAAAAAAAAACAAAAAAAAAAUUGUCAAAAUAAAUAGUUGUAAUAAAAAUCCGAUGAACCUAAACAUCGAUGUGUCAGAAAUUAUUGAGCUCGUAAUGCCAAUAAAAUCUGAGUACUCGGAACAGAAUGACGGCGGUGGCUGCGACGACGACGAUGUUGAUGCCGACGGUAAUCACUAUGUGGUUUUGGAUUCCGUGGAUGUGGGAAGAGAUUUCAAAAACGAGGAAUUUCUUUUGGUUAAUGAUGAUGGCACGGGGAACCAAUUGCUACUUGACAAUGCGCACCUGCAUCAACAGCUGGUCAAUUGUGCGGAUCUCCUGCGCGAGCCAAGAGAUGACCAAUUCGAAAAUGUACAGUAUAUGGGAGAGGAGCAAUUGCCAGAGGAUGUGGAUGAUCUGGUUGAAGAAGAUGAGGAGGAAGUUGAUGGGCAACUGCCAGUGGAAGAGCAGUUGGAACAGUAUGAGCAAUACGAGGACGACGUGCACAUACAGGAUCAGCAGAACUUCGGUUGGAACUACGUGCAGACCCCCUCACCAAUAUCGGAAUCUGUGGCAAUGAAGCUGGAGUCGAUGACGACGACGACGACGAAUACAACGACGACGAAGUCCACCACAACAACGACAACGGCACUGUCCCCACCUCCAAGCCGCAGUAAAUCGAAGUCAAGUCCACAUAGCUCCGCGCGAAGUCAUGUGGACCAUGUGGCUAUCGAUGCCUCCUUCGAGGAGAUAACACAUGUAGCCGAUGAACAGCAAGUCGAGGAGCCUGCACCAUUGGCAAAGCCUAGUGAAAAGAUGCUGGAUCAGUUCAAGGGACCCCGACGGUAUAUGCUGUUCGACGAGCUUGUUGCCACCAUUGUGGACUUCGACGAGGAUGGCACGCCCAUUGUGGAGUUCUCGAUGAUUGGCAGCGCGCUCGACGAGAAGCUGCCGGUGGAGUGCGGAAUCUGUCCCGACGUCAUGCACAAAUCCAAGCUCUCCAAGCAUCAGAAGACGCACAUGGUGCCUGGUACCAAUCGCUACGCCUGCAUCUACUGUACCGAGACCUAUCGCGAUUGCAAGUACUUGGCUGGCCAUGCCCGACGCCACAUGGGCAUCCGACCGUACGUGUGCGAGCCAUGCAAGCUGUAUUUCUCCACCAAGCAGGACCUGCAUGUGCACAAUCAGCGGCGGCACCUGAAGAAGGAGCACAUCUGCGAGAUGUGCGGCAAGACCUUCGCCCAGAACACCCAGCUGAAGCGGCACCGAGAGGCGACGCACGAGAAGAAGCGGCGGUUCCAGUGCGAGCACUGCCAGAAGGCAUACUAUAAGAACUUCUCACUCCAGGAGCACAUACGCAACGUGCACAUGGGCAAGCGGCGGAUGCUCAAGUGCCCCUUCUGCGGCAUGCAGUGCCGUGAUGCGCACAAAAUGGCGCGGCAUCGCAAGGAGAUGCACCUGAACCAGGACACGUAUGUGUGUCAUCUGUGCCAGGAGGAGUUCACUGACAUCAAUUACUUCGACGCGCACAAACGCUCAAUACAGUGCCGCAGCAAUACCCGUCGACUCGUCAACCAGGCCGAGGGCCGAACCUCCAACGAAGACGGCGACACCAUGGACGAUUGCAAUGAGCUGGCGGGCAUGCUGGAGGAGGAAUAUGACGAGGAUGCCGGUCUGCUCGUUGAGUCUACUGAGGCGAGCGUCGUUGAUGGCGUCGACGGCAUCAUUGGCGAAGCAGUGGCCGAUGAAGAUCAGCCACGGGAUGACGAACCCAUUUACGAAACGGUCAACGGCAACUUCCUGCACGCCGAGGUGGAGGACCAGCCAUAUGCCCAGCAGUAUGAUCCAAGCAGCUACGACGACGAUGGCUUACUGGUCGAGCAGGUGGCCGACGAUGAAGAUCACUCUGAGCAGAUUCUCAACGAUGACGAGGAGUACUUGGAUCCAGCUCUCGAUCAUCAGACGCAGCAGCAGCAUCAACAACAGGCUGGCCACGAGUACAACGAGGACGAGUUAAUUUAUGAAAUCACGUUGGAGACUGAAGACAACUGAGCGAGCCUGAGCCUGCCAGCUAGACAGGCGGCCAGGCCCGUUCUCCUCU